AUGCUGGCUCGGACGAUUGCGGCCGCGCCCCAGGGCCCCCUGAGGGUCCUGGCGGGCCGCUACCUGCACUCAUGGGCGACGAUCGACCCCGAGACCAUGUCUGGAUCGAAGCCGAUCGAGGCCAUGAACCUGGUCGAUGGCCAGUGGGUUGGCGCGAAGAAGCACCGCGACCUCAUCGAUCCGCUCAACGGCGAGGUCAUGGGCAAGGUCCCGCAGGCCGAGGGCUCCGAGCUCGACGGCUUCAUCGCCGGCCUGCGCCGCACGCCCAAGUCGGGCGUCCACAACCCGUUCAAGAACCCCGAACGGUACAACAUGUACGGCGACGUCACGGCGCGCAUGGUCGGCGAGAUGCGCAAGCCCGAGGUCGAGGCCUACUUCGCGCGCCUCGUGCAGCGCGUGGUGCCGAAGUCGUGGGCGCAGGCCAGCGGCGAGGUGAUCGUGACGCGCAAGUUCCUGGAGAACUUCUGCGGCGACCAAGUGCGCUUCCUGGCCAAGUCCUUCGGCGUCGCGGGCGACCACAACGGCCAGAUGUCGCACGGGCACCGCUACCCGUACGGACCGGUCGCGCUCAUCACGCCCUUCAACUUCCCAGUCGAGAUUCCGGCUCUCCAGAUGAUGGGCGCGCUCUACAUGGGCAACCGGCCGUUCGUGCACGUCGACCCGCGCGUGUCGAUCGUGUACGAGCAGUUCCUGCGGCUCCUCAUCCACUGCGGGAUGCCCGCGACGGACGUCGACUACAUGCACGGGCCCGCGCCGUCAGUGAACCGCAUUCUCCACGAGGGCAAGCCGCGCAGCACGCUCUUCACGGGCAGCCAGAAGAUCGCGGAGCAGCUCGCGCUCGAGCUGAAGGGCAAGGUGUACCUGGAGGACGCCGGGUUCGACUGGAAGGUCCUCGGCCCGGACGUGCACGACCUGGACUACGUGUCGUGGCAGUGCGACCAGGACGCAUACGCCGCCAUUGGGCAGAAGUGCUCCGCGCAGUCCAUCCUGUUCACGCACGAGAACUGGACCAAGGCCGGGCUGCUCGACAAGCUGCGCGAGCGCGCUGCCACGCGGAACCUCAAGGACCUCACCGCGGGCCCCGUCAUCACGUGGACGACGGAGAAGAUCCUGAGUCAUGUCCAGGCCGUGUCGUCGCUCCCGGGGGCCAAGGUGCUGUUCGGCGGGAAGCCGCUCGAGGGCCACUCGAUCCCCGCGUGCUACGGCGCGGUGGAGCCGACGGCGGUGUUCGUGCCGCUCGAGACGAUGAUGCGCGACGACGCGACGUUUGAGCUGUGCACGACGGAGCUGUUCGGGCCGUUCCAGGUCGUCACGGAGUGGAAGGACGGGCAGCUCGACGUCGUGCUGGACGCGCUCGAGCGCAUGGAGAACCACCUCACCGCUGCGAUCGUCAGCAGGGACUCGCAGUUCAUUGACAAGGUCAUUGGCAACACCGUCAACGGCACGACGUACGCGGGGAUCCGGGCGCGCACGACGGGCGCGCCGCAGAACCACUGGUUCGGGCCGGCCGGGGACCCGCGCGGGGCGGGCAUCGGGACGCCGGAAGCCAUCCGCUUGGUGUGGUCUUGCCACCGGGAGGUGAUCAUGGACAUCGGCCCGACGCCGGCGGCUCUGCCGGCGCAGAGCUGA